UCUAUACUUGUCUUCUGCCAACCCCAUAAUUUCCCACUUACCAAUUCACUACUUCUACUUCCCAACCAAAUACUGCCCAAAUUGAUAGCUUCCAUAAACAUACAUAAAAAUUAGAUAUUUUUAUUCCAUUUGGAGAGUGGAGCCCCUUAAAUAAAAACUGAUUCAAAGCUGGAUUAGCCACUGAAUUAGAGAAAUGACAGUGAGAAAUAGAAGUUGGGGUUAAGUAUUUGGUGCGAACUAUUUCUUCUGCUGAGACAUGGUUGCAAAGGGCCUGUCAAAAACUAACUCAAGAACUCAAAGAAGUGCUUUUGACAAGAAUUGUGGUGUGAUCCCUUGUCCCAAUUGUCCCUUCGGAGGAAUAACAUUGAUGUAGUUUUUAUUUUCGUUUAAUCACUGGUUUGUGAAGCUUUAUAUUUGGCAGUCGGUGCCUGCAUGAUAAUGAAUCCCGACAAGAAAUUUCAGCAGAUAUGGGAGUUUAGGAGUAGAGAGGAUGAUGUUGACUCGUCAAGUGAUGAUUCCAAAUCAAAUUCGAGUCAUGAGCCAGUUCACAAGAAGCACAAGUUAGUUUUUGAUAUUGUUUUGCCUGAAAAAGAUGAAGUCAAUGGUACUCCAAGAUCUCAAAGGAAUAAUAAGCUCCAUGCGACCCAGUGUGUGGAAGGUAUCAAAAAGAGAGCAACCUUGAAAAGGAAGAAAAACAUCAUGCAAAACAAAACGAGGGGACGUUCUGUCGAAGAAAAAAAAAAUGCAGAUGGAAAUCUCAGGACCGAAGAGAUGGUAAUGUUGGAUGAUUUUAAGAACUUCACGGAUUCCUUAAUAGGCGAACUUAAAGUGGCAAGAGAGAAAAUGUUUGGACGGAUGAGGGACAAGAUGAGAAAGUUGAUGUCUACAAAGUCAUCUUUGCGGCCAAAAAAGAAGGAUAUUGAAUGUUCUCGGAAGAACGAAUACCGGACUAAGCGUCGAUCUGAGUCACGUAAAAAGAGUAAAAGUAAUGUGGCUUCUAAUACAAAUGAAUUUCCGAUAGUUGUUGAAGAGGGCAUAAUCCACAACCAAGUUCUUGAAGCAACUCCAACAAAGGAGCCAAACAGAGGGAAAGCUUCAGGAUUACCUACAAAAAAGGCAGAGGAUUCAGAUGAAAUAGUUUCUUCAUCAUGCUUGAGUUUGCCUUUGAAUGAUCAUAUUCUACCAGCAGCAGCCUUGAAUAAACCAAGCUCGGAAAUAGAGGCAGGAGAAUUAUUAAAUGGAAAAAUUCACGUUGGAUUUCCGGGAUUCCAACAAGAAGCACAAAUCGGAAGUUUUUCUAACCUAAGUUCCAAAACUACAGGUUUUCGUGGCCUACAUUACUCUCAAACAUCGAGCGUUAACAUCGGCUUCCCAUUUCCACUUCAUCAGGGUGGUCUGGAGAGUCAAACUUUUUUCGAGAAUUCAUUCAUGGAUAACAGCAUAGUCUCCACUCGGUCGAACAAUGGCAUCGGGAAAUUUUCCGGGGGAAGUCAUGCAAUGCCAGAAUGCUCUUUGGUCAACAGCAUUAAUAGCCACGGGAAAUAUAAAGCCGAUGGGGAAAUUGUGUCAGUAAGAACUCAAGAUCUUAAAGAUGGCCGAUUUUACAUGAAUUAAAUUGAGGAACGAACAAUAUUUAGCAACCAAUGACUAAAGUUGACGACUUGAAGUAUCCUUCUAGUUUUUCUGUCUAAGAGACGAUUGGCAUAUGAAUCCUGGGCCUACUUUCUGGUUCAAUCCUAUCAUUUUUCGCUUGCGCAUAUAUCUAUGUAAAAAUUCAUAUGCAACUUUAGUUAUCUAAUCGUCGAUUUAAGCGAAUUAUUGUUGUCGGAUUUCACUUAUAUGGUUUGAGCAAUGAAAAUGUUCCUUUUGUGUUACACAUGUAAAAAUUCAUAUGCAACUUUAGUUAUCUAAUCGUCGAUUUAAGCGAAUUCUUGUUGUCGGAUUUCACUUACAUGGU